AUGUCACAAUCACCACUAUCGCAAUCGUUAUCAUCCACCUUCUCAAACCUCACCCUCCAAGACCACCACCAUCGCCACGUUUUGACAACCACCAGCAAUCCAAACAAUAACCCACUACUAAUCCCCGAACUCCUAGAAAUAAUCCUAACCUCCAUCCCGCAAUUAGAAGUCCUAACGACCUGUCGAUCGAUUUGUACCCUCUGGCGGGAUAUAAUCGAUACAUCACCAUUACUCAAAUACACCACAUGGAGGACCGAAACCAUCCCCGGUCGUCGCACACAAGACGCUUUAAAGAUCACAGCUAGGAAUUAUAAAAGAAACCCAAUAGUUCUUGAAAUACUUUCUAGUUUUUGGAGUAGAUUGAACAGUCUACCUCCACAGAAUAUAACUCCGUCUGAAGCCGAAUUAUACGAAGACCACGACGAUGAUAUCAAUCUAGAAUCUAAAAAGAAGAAAAAGAAAAAGAAGAAGGAUCCCCCCAAAAUAAACCCAACAACCUUCCUCUCCCGCUAUCACAAAAUCUGCAACACCCAAAUCUUCUCCAACUCCCCGCCAUUAGACAUCUCAAUCCGCAUCACCCUUCAAAAAUACACUACAAAACACAUAAUAGCCCGUUCGUACCGUUCCAUCUCAACGGAUAUAGGUACAGGGUGGAUUACAGAUUUAUCCGUGAUUUUGAAUCUGAUGGAGGAGAUUAUACAGUUGUGGAAUGAAGGGGUUUAUGUGGAGGGGAAGAGGAAUAGUUUACAGGCGGAGAUUGGGUGGUGUGUUUUUUUGUAUGGUGAUGAUGAAAAGGGGGGGAAGAGGAGGGAGUGUGAGGUUUCGCAGAAGGUGGAUUUUGAGUGUGUGAAGCCCUGGGGGGUGGGGAUUUUUGAGGGGAGGGUGAGGGCUGUUGGGUAG